CCAGGGAGCGGAUACACGGAGCCCUAUGGGGAGUUCUAAUGGGCCGAUUCAAUUUCAGCUGGAUGACGCCACUUAGCCAAGGCAUUAAGAGCUCCAGCUCCGGGAAGGCGAACGACAGAGGGAGCGAACAGGGGGUCGGAGGGAGCAAGCUUGUACCAAGGAGCAGCAAACCCCUCCCCUCUCACCCAUUCACAAGACGAGAGCGGCGGAGAGCUGCAUUCACAAAUCGCCAGCCGGCAGCCCCAGCUCCCCCCGGCCCAGAGUCACCCCCACCGCCAGCACCUACCUGACUAGCCCCCGCAGCACCUCGCCUUGCCCAGCUCACGCUGGCUCCCUGCACCGCCCAGCAGGCUGCAGUGAGAGGACUGGCCGGAUCUGGGCAGGGAACCUGGGCGUCCGGGCUGCUCGCUGUAGAGCGGGAUCUCGCUAGCCCUUAGCCGCGCACACAUAGACCCCGAGCUCGGGGAGAGGCAGCAGGAGCGGGUCUUGCCCUGGCUCUGAGGAGGAACAAGAAGUUUUCAUUCAGACUUUCUCCAGCGAGAGGCGGCCCGGGAGCGUGCGGGGCUCUGGCCCCAGCUGGGAAGGUGCAGUUAGCAGCAUGGACCUGCACUGGCCUCGAGGAUUUUCCGAUGUGCCCUGAUGCCGCAAGCCCUUGUUGCGCUCAUCCAGCGUGGCUGAACUCAACAGUGACGAGACAAUGGAUCUGCCUGCUGAGGACUUCCAACAAGUCCUCUCCAUUGACCAGAUCUGCUCCAUCCGUGCCAGCAAUGACUAUGUGGAGAGGCCCGCCAUCUCCUUCAAGCAAGCUCGGUCCAACCCAUCCCUCUCACAGCAGGCCCACAAGCAAGAGUGGUCUCAGGACUGCCUGGUGUCUUCCACCUUCCAGGACCUGCACCGGAGCCACAGUCACCACCACCAGAUGUCGGCCUUGCAGCAGCACCUGAGUCAUUCCAGCACUGCCAGCUCUGUGUCUCACAGCACCACCACCUCGGACCAGCGGCUGCUGAGCGGGGUCACGCCCUCACAUUCUGGUCACUCCCUCAUCCGGACGCAGCCCAGAGUGGGCGACCUGAAGCCCGAGGAACCACUGAAAGGUGUGGUGGAGAAGGCCACUCUCCACUCUGGACACCUCUUCAUCUGCGAGGAGUGUGGGCGUUGUAAGUGCGCCCGCUGCACAGCUGCUCGCAGCUUGCCCUCCUGCUGGGUCUGCAACCAGCGCUGCCUCUGCUCCCCAGAGAGUCUCAUCGACUAUGGGACUUGCCUGUGCUGUGUCAAGGGUCUCUUCUACCACUGCUCCACUGACGAUGAGGACACCUGUGCCGAUGACCCCUGCUCCUGCGGCUCGGGGUCCUGCUGUGCCCGCUGGGCUGCAAUGAGCUUCCUCUCUCUCCUCAUGCCCUGCCUCUGCUGCUACUUCCCUACGCUGGGGUGCCUCAAACUUUGCCAGCAGGGCUACGACAGUCUGAAACGUCCUGGCUGCCGCUGCCAGAACCACACCAACACAGUCUGCAGGAAGAUCUCCUCCUCCAGUGGCACGCCUUUCCCUAAGACUCUGGAUAAGCCGGUAUGACCUUCCCAGGGAGCGGAAUUGGCUAUUCUUCUCCUUCACCUCCCUCCGCUGCAUACCCCCUUUGGGCACAAAGCAAACAGAUGAACAAUCCGCCAGCCACCAAGCCUCACAAAGGGAGUGUGAAGCAUGUUCUUGAGACAAAGGAAUUGUACUUCUGUGCCCAAGCCAAACGUGACGGGGUUUGCACAUUUUGGCAAAGGACUAGGACAGAGGGAAUCAGAUGCUGACAAUGCACUAGUGGUCAACAGGGGGCUUUCAACAUGGGAACUGGCUCAGGAUUCUGUGACCUCAGAAUGCCUUAGGAGCUGUUUUUCUGUAAUGGGUUUCAAAAGGGUGACAUGUCCAAGCACUAAAAUCCUCUGGGGACCAGACCACAGAACCCACGUCUCUUUCGUCCAUUUUCUCUCUGCAGCUUUCCUAAGUGGCACCUCCCACAGGCUUUUCCUCAGUUUUCUUUGCUGUUGUGCUAUAGGCCAGUCCCUGCAAAGGGAGAUGAGCCACUGCAGUGUACCAACCAAUGGCAACACCUUACUCCCCUCCCCUUAGCAGAUCAAGAGAUAAAGCUCUCGAUAAUUUCAAGGUAAAAAGGAAAAUAAGUGAGCCCAAAUAUCCAGUUUUUAGGGGCUCACUGGUCAGUGGAAAUAGGACAUGGAUAGAUUAAGGAUCAUGCUGGCAUGGAAAGGGUGAUGUGGACAGAAAGGAGUCCCACUCCCACUUUCGUACAUCAGUGGGUCUUCAGCAAGGGGAAUUCACUGUAGUAAUUGGUAUUUCAAAGUAGAUUUGGCUAAGAGCAUGAAGCAGGUUAAAUCCCAGGCUGAGGGGCAGGGGGACUGGAUACCCUGAGGGAGUGAUAAAGGUCUGCUUGCAGAGCCUUACCACUUGUAAGGUGUCACUGUGACUCUAGCCCAGGUUGGUGAUGACUGACAGGUGACACCAUCUGUUUAGUGGUUAGUUGGUGGUUUCAGUCCAUCCAUUGGUGGUAAGCCUCUACCACAAGUGAUACUCCUGUUGGCAGGCUGUGUAGAGGCCAAGAACUGGGUGGGCCAUGGAACCUGGCCUUCCUUCUUACCUCUGGAUGUCAGAGAGUGGUAUAUGAGUAGGGCAAUGUGUAGGAAGCUUGCCCUUCUGCCCUGACCAGUAGAUCAACAGAGUCCUUCAGUCUCUGGGGCUGCCAAUCUGGUACCUUUCACCAGCACUGAAUUCACUUUAAUAAAAGAAAAGGAAAGCUGAACCUUAAAAACAAUUAAGAACCCCAACUUCUCUCCUUGUGCUGAUGCUGUAAAAAUGAUCAUGUCCUUCCCUGGGCCUGAAAAUGGUGCUUAGCUGAGGCUCCAGCUUUGGGCUGGUGGGGAAAGGGAGAUCUGUGUGUUAGAAAGCAGAACGGGAUGGGUAAUGCAUGAAGCCAGCCUUCCCUUCCCAGCUAAAGCGCCUCAGCGUCCUCACUCAUCUCCACAUGUUAGAGAGAAAGCUACACAAAAGCGGAUUGGCUGCGCAGCUAUGCAUCCUAUAGGCAAGCCUGAUGUUGACACAGGUGUUCUGAGACAGGAGACACCUUCUGCAAACUAGAGAUGGGUCUGAACCAAAUCCAGAGGUCUGGAAAUCUUCAGACUAUGGGGAGGUUUGGAUCUGGGUGAUGGUUCAUGGUCAACACCUAUAAUAAGCCAAACCAAACCCCUGUAUCUGAACGUUCCUGGUCCUUGAGGAAGUUCAGAUCCAGAUUUUAAUCUGAAAUUUCCGUCUCACUCAUCUCUGCUGUAAAAACAUGGUGCCAAACUCUCAGUUACAACCCCAAUGACUUCAGAAACUUGGCCUGUGGAAUGAAAGCCAGAUUGACCCUUCAGUGCUAUAUCCCACCAUCACAUCCGUCCUCGGAGGCACGUGUGUGUGGGUGUCUGAAGAGAAGAAGGCAUAAUAAUCUUCCUGUUCCAUUGGAGUAAAGGUUCAGGAGGGCUACAGGAUGUGCGAGAGCUGGAGAAAUACAUGCAACGAAUCCCUCAACUGUCCCAAAACUUCCUCCAAGGCACUCCAACGUUUAGGGCACAGACGUUGCACACACCUAUCCACUGAUGACUCCUCUUCGUUUAGAAUUACUUUGAUAUAUUUUUGUAUAUAUAAGUAUAAUGUUACGAUGGCUAGGACUAUUAUAAUAAUAUUCGUGAUAUUGCUGUGAAUGGUGCCAUAUGCAAGGUUUGGCUUCCUGGUACAUUUACAAACUCCAAAGGAAUAUCUCAACUCUGUUAUGCUAAUCCUAGAUCUUGGUUUAUAGGUAAUCUGGGGUAUUUUAUAGGCUCUCCUAACAGGGCUCUGUACUGAGUGGGCUGGUGAAUGGGAAGGGUAGGUAUAGAAGACAGGAGAAGUCAGGAGUUCUAUCCCUAGAUGAAAGUUUGCUCAUUGGUGAGGGUCCUCCCUUUCAGCCAAGUCCAGAACCAUGUUGUGGCAGUUUGCUUGUCCCAUUGGAAGCUGGGAAAUGCAUUUAUACAAGCUGUGGCAUUCAUAUGAUACACACACACACACACACAC